CAAUCAAUCGAUUAUAAAUAGAGAGAAAGAGUCAUUACAACAAAAGCAGUUUCGUCGAGAAGAUUCAGAUCAUCAGAAGAGAGAAAAUGGGGACAGCUUGGUUCGUUUGGCAAGACUCUAGCUACCAGCUGCUGCUCCUGCAAGACAGAGAAAACAGGAUAAUUAAGCCGGCUGCUUGGUGGGAUGGAGAUGAGGAAACAAAAGACAUAUUAGGUGGAAGAGAUGAGAAAACAGGAGGGACUUGGUUGGGUUGUUCUAAGCAAGGCCGAGUUGCAUUUCUUGUGAAUGUGACGAAUCAAACAUCUUUUACCCAUACGGGAGCCGAGUUGCUUACUGUCAAGUUCUUGAAGGGGAAAAUGACUACAAGUGAGUUUGCAAAUGAACUUGCUAGCAACAAAGAACUGUCGUCUGGCCUUACCUUUAACUUAGUUGUGGCAGACAUAGCUUCAAAAUCGAUGGUUUAUAUCUCUAAAAAGUCUCCAACUAAGGAAGUCGAUGAGAUGAUAGAUCCUAUUGGUCCUGGUCGUUAUUUCAUUACCUCAGCCGGGAUUUAUGAUAUCUUCUCCUCACAGGAUAAACACCCGAAAGACAAGUUCAGUGAAGUACUUGAUGAAAACAAAGAAUCACCGAGGAGGGAGUUUUAUGAAAAGUUGAUGAAUGAUGAUCAAAUCAUUGUACCUGAAGGUGAAGGUGAAACCGAUACAAGCAGAACUGGUCCAAAGGGGGUGUGCAUUGGAACAACAUCGAUAGAGGUCAAAAGGGGUACUAGCAACAUAGGCUUCAAUGAGUACUACUGGGAGAAUAAUGAAUUCAAAGAGCAUAAGUUCCAUUUCGACAUGGAGUAGUUACAAUGAACCGCAAUGAGCGAUUUGAUUAGUAGUAUGAUGAUAUAUAAAAUAAUCUUGUUGAAGUUGAUAAAGCUGUUAUAAGAUCGAUUUAGGGAAACUUCUUUCCUUGAUAGAUAUUAUUAUCUAGUCAAGAAGAAUAUGGUUUAAAAAGAAGUUGGAUUUUCUUAGCCUUUCCUAUUACUCAAAUUUUACUCAAUAUAAUGCUUAUAAUGUUCAUCUAUAUAAUUCAGUUGAUGUCUGUUUGUAUGGUUAGAAGCAAAAGAAAGCAGAGCACUCAGGAUUACAUAAGUACAUUUAAAAGAAAAAUUAUGUAGUACGUACUACAUGUUUUCUAAAACCACUGUGUACUACAUUUUAUUGUCAUUUGUACUGCUUAAAAGACCCAUAUAUACAUAAACCAGACCAGCACCAACAUUAGAGAAACAAAACCGAAACUGUGACUAUAUGACAACCUCAUCUGCAUCCUUGCGAAGAAGAGGAAUCAGAUUAACUUCACUCUUCUGUCUCGAGCACAUGGCCAGAGGCGUGCUUACAGCGCAUGGAAUCAUCGUCUCUUUGUCAUCGGAAGAGUAACCUCGGCGGUGAUGAUCCGACCGAGAUUCUUCACGUUUGAUCUCGGCCGUCCAAUCAAAUCCACCUAGAGCCUCUCUGCUGCUCGCGAAUUUCUUCAUUUUACACAACGAAGGCGCCGCAACCGCUUCCACCGCCGAGAUCGGAGGUUCGCUAGCGGCGGAGACGGCUACGUAGUUGGAUUUUCUCGACCCCAUUGAGAAGAGACGUUUUAGUUUCGACCAGUUUCCCUUGCCUGCUUCUUUAACAAGAUGAGACGAUGCCGUUUUGAGAUUCUUGCGUUCUCUGGUCUUCGUCUCUGGACAUUUCGACUUAUUAGCGAGUUUGAUCUGACCGAUGCAGGAGACUUUAGGCGAAGUGGGCUCGGCGAAAACGACGGCGUUCUUGGUUCUUCUCCUAGCUCUUGAGGCCGCCGUUGGAAGCAACGGUGUUAUCGGACCAGAGAAGAAAAAUCCUCUGUUCGCCGUCGAAGCCGUACGGUGGUGAUGGAAAUCUCUUACCGGACUAAAGGGACUGUGACUAAUUGACAAGGCUUUCUGAAGCAUCUUCGAGAGUUUCGUGGGGUUGUUGUCAGAUGCUUUUUCCAUUUAUUCACAAAGUACACGAACACGGAGAUCCUUGGUUUUAUAUAUGUACUUUCUGUUGUGUCUGAAAGUUCUCAGAAAGUGAGAGUCAAAGGAUGUUUAUAGAUGAACACAAUUGAAAAUGUCAAGAUGAUGACGUCAUGGAAGGGUUUGGGUCAAAGCUGAUGCUAAACCGGAGAAGAUCUUAAUGUUAUGAUACAGUUUUGACUUCAAACCGGAGAAGACAUUUAUGGCUUAAAGACUUAUACGGCCGACUUUGAUCCGGUUUACAAAAUCAAAUGCUGAUUGGAUUACAGUUUUCCUUAUAGCUUAGGUUGUCUUCUUAUUUCGACGCGGGUUUGUUAAUGGUUUGUUUGACUUUUGUGGGGCUAAUCUCACACGUGUUGUAAUACGUUAUAGUGUAUGAAAUUGAAAUCUAAUAAAAGCCACAUGAUUGUUAAGUUUGUUAUGCUUAAAACUGUAGUUGAUUGUGUGGAAUUAGUUAAAUAAACUUUAGUACAUGAACAGCUCGUUAGCCGAUAUAUUAUUAUAUUGAAAGCGACGUGCAAAGGGAACACUUGUCCUUUUGGUUUUGGUCUUGUUAUUAUAAGAUUCCCAAACAGUUGUCAAUACAAUAGAGUACAUGUGUCUACCAGUUUGUUACAUUGUCAUUGGACGGUGAGAACUACUUCGUAGGACUAGUUCCUCUCAUUCAGUCUUCUCUUGUUUAGUUGUUUAUAUACGUUACAAUCCAAUUAAGAAUAUGCUGUUAAAUAUUUUUCAUCUUAGUUCAUGGCAAACCACAAUUUUAUUAGACAGUUGUACAUACGCAUUACAUUCCUUUUUGUUUGGAACUCAAGCUACUUUUUGAUCGCUAUAGCUUUUUGUAAAAGAUCUUGGUGACUUAAGAAGGAUUUCUUUUGUAUUUCUUGAUUUUUUUUUGUGUCCCCAACACCUUCUUUGGUUUGGUUGACUCAUGAGACCCAUAACAUUAUCUCAUAUAUAAACAAAUAUCCAAAGAUUUUUGGGGAUAUAAAUAAUAUGGUGAACAUUUCAAACAAUUUAGAAACCAUAUAGUUAGUGCAUAUUUUUCUUAGAAAUUUGGAGGCCAUCGCCAUAAUCCAAUAUUUCAUUUAAUUAUGGUGAGGAACGGCCCUAUUAGUACUUCGAGAUGCACGUUAACCAGUGUUUAGCCCAAAUCAAAGUUACAAACUGAUUGACAAAUUGCUUGAAAUGUUUCUUAAACUUCUUUUUAACUAAAAUUUUUCUUAAACUUGAUCGAGGAAAAAAAUAGUACUGCUUUGAUGCUUGGAAGGCUCCUUCCUACAAUGGCCAUGAUAAUGACUAUGGAGAAUGUGAUCUUAUCAGGCACGCAUCCGUGAUCAUCCAUUCUAUGAAAGUAAUGUACAUCCUCUGAAGCUAACCCAGGUCGAAAGUAACGCCUAAUCAAGAUCAUGAUUCAUGAAGGUAUCCAUCGAAGUCUCUACAUCACUAGAUUUCAUGAGAUCAAUCAAGUGCCAAGCUGAUAGGUUGAACUAUCUUACUUUACCUGCAAGACGAUGAUUUCAUUGUAACUUGUAAGGAUGAGGCGAUUUCUUGUGGUACACGUAAGUUACCCAGUGAAAGAAAGCUAGCGAUUGGAGGAGAGGGAUUCCGUCAAGAGAGAGUUUCGAUCGUGUUAACGCCAUUAGUGAGGGGUUUGAUGACCUCUCUUGAGUCUUGAGUCGCUUUCAAAGCUCAGAACUCAGAGUAGCUCUGGACCUCUGGUGAGCCAGCAAAAGGUGAAACUUUACCUGAAGCGGCGACGUUUAGUGCUUCCUCUAUAGAUGAUACCUGUUUUUUUGCGUUUAAUAGUCUUUUUCUUUUGCUUAAACGUGUCAUUAUCGUGUUACUAGUCCUUUUUCAUGUAAAUCUAUUGCUUGGCAAUUAAAAACAUUUAAUGGCAAAACCAAUACGUCAAGUCAUAAUUCAAAAGAAAAUUACUCGUUUUAUUUGAACAUAUCCGACUAUAUAAGGAUAUACCCAUUUGGCAAAAAAAGGGUAAGGAUAUACUCAAUACAUUGGACAGUAUUCUACACGUAUUAUAUGAUGCUUGACCACGUUUUGUGGCUAUGAUAUGUGUCACCUGGAUGAAGUAAUAUUGGAUGAUGGUAAAUGCUACAUUUUUUUCAUUUAAGGUAUAAGCAGCUUGACCAAUGCCAAUAUUUCCUGAGUCCUGACUCGCAAUUGCUAGGACUAUUCUCUCAUUAUACAAAUAAGCUUAUACGAUAUUUAAAAAAAAAAAGAAGCAAAAACAUAUACGAUAGUUUCAAACCUAGCUUAUGGGUGACAGAUCAAAUCAAAGUCGUAAUAUGAUUUAUAAUGACAAAUGAUUUAGGAAUACGACUAAUUAAAACAAACGACUCUUUCUAAAGUUUAAAUCUUCUCUAAUCUUCGAUCCUAAUCCGAUCUACCUUUGGAAAUUUUCACAUUACAUUCCAGAGAUAAAUACUAACAACCCGCCUUGUAUAUAAUUAUAGAUAUGCUAUCUUCUCUAUAUCUAAGUCCUAAUCCAACAUUAAUUAUAUAGUUGACACAUAACCCUUGUUGCUUAUAUUUAUAUAUUGCUCCAAAACCUCAUAAAAACAGAUAUUAAUCACUGGGUUCUUAUCAAAUAGUGCCGUCGGCGCCAACGCCGGCGGAAGAGAGGGAGACGGAGGAUCAGCAGGUGUCGUUAAAGACUCCGAUUCCGUUCCGUUAUCCAGCUGGGACCAAGACGCUUCCGUUCGAGCAUAUGUCUAAGUCGUUACAACGUCGAUACGUCAAGGUUAAAGAGCCUCUCUUUGAUCCAGUGACAUCCAAGCGUAUUUAUUGGCGGGAAGAGCCUUUUGAUGUCAACGGCAAAGAUGACGAUCACGGCCAUGAUCAUGGAUGUUUGUUCUUCUUGAAGGUAAGCAUUCGAGGAAUGGUCGAUAAAUGGUUUGGUCCUCUUCUUGGAUUACCCAAAACUGAAGAUUUUAAUUACUGAAAUACUUCUUUUUUUUUACGAUUGAAACACAAACAUGAGUUUCUUUUUGGUUUGGGACUGACAUUGUGAGAAUGCUAUAAUGAGGUUUUUUAUACGAGUCUUUGAUUGUAUUAUCAUAAUUAUCUUGAUAUGUUUUUUCGAAUACGAAGUAUGCACGUCUAAAGAUUGUGGACAACAUAAAGUCUACAAAACAAAAGAUUGUGGACAGCAUUAUUUCUUGUUAACGCUUUCAGUUUUGUGUUCCAACUUCCAAACCCGUAUUAUGACACUAUCAAAUAAACACUGUCAUCUUUAUAUAAAAGCUGGACUGUUAUAUUCAUAGAAAUUAUCAUAGGGACGGGACCAUUCUUGAUUUGGAUUCGUAUAAUAGUUUCUCUAUCUUACAACCAGAGAACUCACCAAAUACAAGAUAUGGCACAUAUGUAUAAUAAGAGUGUUCAAGGAAAUAGAUUAUUACAAAAGAGAAAUACAUGAUUCACCAGUUUGGAAGACAAAAACACAAGGCUUAUAAACAGCGUUUGUGUUACUAGGCUUUCGUACACAAAGCCUUUAUUAUACAAAUGAAAAACAAAAGAAUAAUCCCAAAUCACAAUUCUCCGAGUUUUUUUUUUCACGCAAUCUUGUUUUUUCUUCUCGAGACAUAAUUUAAGUUCCAAACUUCCAAAUAAGAAUGGAG